AUGUUUCAGGAUGUUGGCUGCCUAGAUGCGUCUAGAGUGAAACUACUAAACCGCCCCGAAGAUGACGAUUAUGUGCACGCUAAUUACGUGUCAACGCCUACCUGCUCGCGAAGAUUUAUUUGUACACAAGCCCCACUGGAAAAGACAUGUAAAGAUUUUUGGUUAAUGUGCAUACAAGAUCGAGUAGAAUUUAUUGUAAUGCUUUGCAAUUUCUUCGAAAAGGGGGCAAGAAAAUGUUUUCCAUAUUACCCAACUCAGGGCUCAUUACAAUUUGGCGAUAUAACGAUAACAUAUAUGGGUUCCACUAUGGUGAGAUUUCUGUGUACUACCAAUGCUCGAGUCCGGGUUACGGCACUUUUGGUAGAAAAAAGUGGAAGAAGGUACAAAACGAAACACCUUCAAUGGGUAGAUUGGCCAGAUCGUGGGGUACCUCCCGCAGAUUCUGCUAUAAUUCAAGUUCUUGAUAUAAUAAAGAGCACGCAAGCUCCCAUUGUCGUGCACUGUUCCGCUGGCGUAGGAAGAACUGGAUCAUUCGUAAUGAUACAACAUAUUCUAGAAUCACUUUCGCUGAAUCAACCGAUAGAGGAAAGCGACAAAUUAUUACUCAAGCUGAGAUCUCAAAGAGCAAAUACUAUCCAGACGGAUCAACAGUAUUUAUUCGUUCACCAAGUGCUUUUAAAUUACUUCCAAGAGAGUCAGCUGCUCGAUGUCAGAUGGAAACCGUAUCUGGACAAUUUUACAAGAGACUACAACCGAUUAGUGUUUUGA